CGAUAGUUCUCAAUUUUCCAUUUGGCGACAGUCAAUAAUUUACUGCAAUUUUGUGGCUGGGAGUUCUUUCGUUUGUGCAGCUUCAAAAACGUCCGUGAGGUGAAGGUCGUGCUGCGAAUAAAGAGGAUGAUAGGGCAUCAAAGUCGCCUCCACGCCCAAAAAGACUGAAUCAACGAGUACCACGAUGAGUACUCCGCGCAAGACAUGCAGGGUCAAAAAGUUGGACCAAAGAGAGGAUAAAAAAAAAAAGAAAGGGCAGGUCGUCGCGACUGCUUGUUGCACUCUUGCAUCUACUGUAUUGAUCCUGUCGGCCACGCCAGGCGGCCAAACUUCCCCCCUCAUCCCGCAUUCUACUACGAUAGUCGAGGGGAACAUUGCGAACCCCCAUGCUCACAUUGCAGAGCUUAUGCGCUCUUCCACGGGUCUAAAAAAGCCAGUUAUGUGUGACCACAAAUUAGAGCAAGAGGAUUUUCCGGGGCAAGUCUUACCCCGAUCGGCGCGCGUCAACAUGGCAAAGAGAGUUGCGUGGACACAGACACAAGACACAGACACCGCUCUCUUUCUCUCUUUCUCUCUCUCUCUCUCCGCCAAGCGAUCGCUGCAAGGGACUGCCACACUCGACCGCGAUUUCAAUGAGCAUCGAUGCACGAAUCAGGAGAGUCGCAGGACAGCCCCAAUUAUUGGCCCCUCGACCUUGCGAACACGAUUUUUCAGCGUCGAGUCAGUUCCCCAUAAUGAAAGCCACAGCACCUGCACGACAGCACUUCUUUUUUCUCAUUUUCAAACGUGUACCUGACUGUCGGAAGUCGACGACGGCGGCGUCGUACACAUGCACGUUGCUAACUCAUUGAUUGAUCAUGA